CGUCACCUACCAACGAGCACACCCUCCACCAUGUCUGAGGACGGGCCGGCUGAGUUGGAGGACCUCCUGAAGUCUGGCGUCCACAUCUCGCCGGCAACCCUGGAUGAAGUUACGAAGCACAUAUUCGAAGAUGUCCUCUACGAUGUCAUGUCCAGCAUCGCCCUGUCCUGCCACCGCUCCGAGAAGCUCCUCCGCAUGUCCUCGGCCGCCACCCAAGUCGAAUCCCUCGCCGUCGCCCAGCUCGAUUCGCAGCCCUCCGCCAAGAACGCUCACGCACCGCCGCCACCUCCCCCUAUCAGCAAUGACGCCGCCAGCUGGGACGGGCACAGAGUACAUCUCAAGGGCAAUCCACUAAAAACAACCCCGGAGAUAAUCUGCCCGCACUGCAAGCUCCCACGGCUCAAGUAUCCCGCGUCAGGUAAGGGGGCGCAGACACCAGACAUGACCAAGGAAUACUGCAAUCUACAUCCGUGGGUGCAGCGGCCAGGCCACGACGUGUACGGCAACCUGUUUCCGACGGACAUGGCUAAGAGCAAAAAAGAGCGGGAGCUACAGAAGCAGCAGCUGAAGAAUGCGGACAAGGAGUCGGUCGGAACGCCAGGAUCACAGGACACAGACAUGACCGCUGAACCCAAGCUGAACACCGGUGGAAAACCUGCACAUUACAUCCCCUGGCAUACAUGUCCCAAUUGCAAGCGCAGCUUGCUAAUCACGCGGUUCGCACAGCAUCUGGAGAAGUGUCUGGGUAUCAGUGGACGUCAGAGCUCGAGGAAUGCUAUGGCGAAGCUGACUGGGCAAAAUGGGAAUGGUAGUGGGAUGGGAAAUACUCCGCUGGGAAGCCGCAUGGGCACACCGGUGCCGGCUUCACAAGGGAGCGUUGCUGCGGGGAAAGAUAAGCGAAUCAGCCCGGUGAAGAAGGGUGGCGAUGAUGACGACGGAGACGACAAUGAGACGCCGGAGAAGAAAAAGAAGAAGAAGAGCUCCUAUGUCAAGAAGGCUGAUCGAGGAGGCAAGGAUGGCACGCUGAAGGUUAAGCUGAAGGCGAGUAAGGAAUCACAAGAGAAGGAGGCAGCGAUAGCCGCGAAGAGGUUGCCAAAGCCUACUGAAGGCGGUUCUGGGGCGUCAAAAGCAGGAGGAGAAGGGAAGAGAGACCGAGAUGGCGAUGCGGAAGAAUCACCGCGGAAGAAGCUCAAGCUCACGCUGAGUAAAGAGGACAGCACUUUGAGCGAGAUUGGGUCCAAUGCCCCGAGUGGCAGUGGCAACUAGGGUUUGAACUUUCUUUACAUCUAGACGAUUGCAUAUCACGGCGUUACCGGCACCAGCGAGGCACUCACCCAGGCGUUACCCGCCUGAUGCAUAGUCAGGCACGACUUGAAGUUUUAUGGCGUUCUUGAGGGGCUUAUCAAGGGAGAAGUCCAUCCCAAAGUGGGCUACCAUCAAUAUAGCACACAAUUUCCAGUCAAUUUCCGCAGCCGUCUAACAACAACUAAUAUGUGACACUGGCCAUCACGAUAUUCUAA